AUGCUCAUCAGACAUCCCAAGUCUUCUUCAUGCUUUACCUCAAAUCAUCACCUGUCAUUCCAGUGCCAUCAGCUCUUGAUAGCUUGUGGCAGACGGCCCAAGUAUCCGAGAAGUCCGCCAUGCUCCAGCGUUCAUGCUCAUUGUCGGAAUACCUACAUGCUGAUGUUAUUCUCGGAAAAUUGGACAGUGCAAUCGGGCCAGAUACUGGACUUUCCUCUGAUGUGCCCGGCUUUCAACAACACAUCCAUUGGCAUUUCACUGCAAGGACGUCGUCUGCCCACGGCCAUCCGUCGACAGAUAGCACCCCAGGCCGAUCGCCAAUGCCAAUCGCAAUUGAGUCGCCUACUACGAAAUCUGAUAGAUAGGACGAAAGCAAAGUAUCACAGGUAUCUCACUCGAUCAGAAGUGGACAGCCAAAUGUCGAUAUCACAAGGAUGA